GCAAGUCGUCUUGGCGUCCGAUUUUCAAGGUUGUGGAUUUCCAGCUCUCGAUGCCUCUUUAACCCUCAUAGGCUUCUACCAUUUAUUAACUGAAACGAACGACAGCCCUGCAGAACUACGCUUCACGCCGAACAUGUUUCCGUUACCGAAAGAAAUGCUGCUAGAGCUGAAAAGUACCAUUUCGAAGUGGAUGCAAAAGUCACACAUUUGCUGCCGGCGCGAGUUGAUCCAGGAUGAGACCGAGGACUCGCUGGCUCGUUUGAAGUACGUUGUGUUGCACCAGGCAGUGCGGUAGCGUGGCCAUCUUGAAGAUGGCAUCUUCAGUACAUGAAUAUUUACUACAGCUGUAAACAAAUUUUAACGUUGGAGCUGGAUU